AUGGACGUGCCGUAUUCACCGCCAUGGCUUGAACGGUUCGUUAAUUUUUACUCACUGACCCCGGAAACGAAGUCGCGAGAGAUCGCUGCUUCACUGCUAAUGGCCUUCAGCCCAACCAUCCCACUUGCCAGAACUAGUCAAAGAAUAAUCUAUCUAAAAGUUUACGCUUACACAUGCCUGCCGACGUGGGCGUAUAUCUGCGCACUGAGAACGAUUGAAUUCAUAUCUCCCAUCUUUUUAUCUGUCAAUCUGUCUCUCCCUUUCGCCUUCAACCUUUUAUUAUAUCCUUCAUCUUUUCAUCUCCCUAAUUCCAUCUCACUCCCCCUCUCUCUCUCUAUCUAUCUAUCUAUCCCCUCUUUUUAUGUGUCAUUCUAUCUCUCCCUUUCGCCUUCAAACUUUUCUUAUGGCCUUCAUCUCUUCAUCUUCUUACAGCUUUGUCUCUUUCUCCCUAAUCCCAGCUCACUCUUCCUCUUUCUCUGCACCCCCGUUUAUCUGUCACUCUCUGUCUACCAGUCUCUUACUCUCUCUUUCUCGCUAUCUAUCUAUCUAUCUAUUCCCUCUUUUUAUAUGUCAUUCUGUCUCUCCCUUUCGCCUUCAGACUUUUAUUAUAUGCUUCAUCCCUUCAUCUCCCUAAUUCCAUCUCACUCCUCUCUCUCUCUCUCUCUCUCUAUCUAUCUAUCUAUCACCUCUUUUUAUGUGUCAUUCUAUCUCUCCCUUUCGCCUUCAAACUUUUCUUAUGGCCUUCAUCCCUUCAUCUCCCUAAUUCCAUCUCACUCCUCUCUCUCUCUCUCUCUCUAUCUAUCUAUCUCAGUCUAUUCAUAUCUAUCUAUCUAUCUAUCUAUCUAUCUAUCUAUCCCAGUCUAUUCAUAUCUAUCUAUCUAUCUAUCUAUCUAUCUAUCUAUCUAUCUAUCUCAUUCUGUUCAUAUCUAUCUAUCUAUCUAUCUAUCUAUCUAUCUAUCUAUCUAUCUAUCUCAUUCUGUUCAUAUCUAUCUAUCUAUCUAUCUAUCUAUCUAUCUCAUUCUGUUCAUAUCUAUCUAUCUAUCUAUCUAUCUAUCUAUCUAUCUAUCUCAUUCUUCUAUUCAUAUCCAUCUAUCUAUCCAUCCAUCUAUCAUCUAUCUAUCUAUCUAUCUAUUCUGUUCAUAUCUAUCCAUCUAUCUAUCUAUCUAUCUAUCUAUCUAUCUAUCUAUCUAUCUAUCUAUCUAUCUAUCUAUCUAUCUAAGCCUGUUCUAUUAUCUAUCUAUCUAUCUAUCUAUCUAUCUAUCUAUCUAUCUAUCUAUCUAUCUAUCUAAGCCUGUUCAUUAUCUAUCUAUCUAUCUAUCUAUCUAUCUAAGCCUGUUCAUUAUCUAUCUAUCUAUCUAUCUAUCUAUCUAUCUAUCUAUCUAUCUAUCUAAGCCUACUUUUAUUAUGCCCUUCAUCUCUUCAUCUCCCUACAUCUUUGUCUCUUUCUUCCUAAUUCCAUUUCACUCUCUCUCUCUCUCUCCCGCUAUCUAUCUAUCUAUCUAUCUCAUCUUUUUAUCUGUCAUUCUAUCUCUCCCUUUCGCCUUCAAACUUUUAUUAUGUCCUUCAUUUCUUCAUCUUCCUACAGCUUUACUCCUUACGUCAUCGAUUUCUUUAUCCAACUGCAUGUCUCUUUCUCUCUUACACCCACUUCCUUUCCUCUCUCUCUCUCCCUCUCUCUCUCUUCCCUUUGUCUUUCUCUUUCACCUUCACACCCUUUCUCUCUCAUACGUAUUCUUUCUUUUUAUCUAUAUGUCUCUCUGUCGCCUUCUGCCUAAAUCCUUCUUCCUCCCUCUCUCCUCCUUUUAUCUGACUCUCACACAUACUCCUUCUUUCUUUUCACACCCCUCCUUUUAUUUCCUUUUUUAUCUAUUGUUUUCUCUCUGUUUUCCAACUUCUUCCUCUGGGUCUACACCAUUAUUUUAA